AUGGCUGUCACGAACAUCCCCGUCCCGCCGCGUAACAUUCCGCGAGUGCUCAACAUGCACGACUGUCUCAUUGAGGUGACCCGUUUUGAUAGUGGCCAGUCAACUGUCUUUUGGUUGGGAGGCUACUUGAACAACGAAACGUACAUCAACCCAGACGGCACUUUCGAUCACACCAUGCUGAGCUACGAGGAUUUCGAACAAGAUCUGAUGGAUCACCUCUGUUUCGACCCCCAUGAAGAAAAUCUCCGAUGGGAUUACGACAGCCCAUUUCAGCCUCGCGCGAGCCCCCCAAAUCCCCCAGCUUUCAUGGUUAGAAGUUACAACGCUUGGGUGGCUGCUCUGCUAGCCAUGCAACACGCUUCCUCAAGCCAGGUCAACUCCGGUGUGCAAUCUACCUCCACUGCGAGUUCUCCAAUCAUGACCGUUUACUUCGGUAUUGCAUGA